GCAUUUCACAUAGAGAACCAUCUUCCCAACAUGAAUAUAUUCUAGAACAUUCCACAAUCCCGAAAGCCCUUAUCUUCGACUACUAAAACCCUAAUCUCCACUUCGAGCUCUUCUGAGGUACUUCUCAUCGUUGUUCGAUUCCUGCAAUAACCUUUUUCAGGUUCUCGGUAGAAGAUGGCAUCAACCUUCACCAGCAUGUCUUCUAUAGGCUCCCUUGUGUCUCCCAGCAGCCAUACAACGGAUAAGAAAUUUAUGAAUUUGUCUUCAUUGGCUUUCAUAUCUUCAAUAGAUUUCAGAAACGGGAGACAGAAUGUAGUUCAGCAGAGAAGUUGUUCUUCAAAGGUUAUGGCAAUGGCCAAGGAGUUGCAUUUCAACAAAGAUGGUUCUGCUAUUAAGAAGCUACAGACCGGUGUUGACAAGCUUGCGGAUCUAGUUGGAGUUACUCUUGGCCCCAAAGGAAGAAAUGUAGUUCUGGAGAGCAAGUACGGCUCCCCUAAAAUUGUCAAUGAUGGUGUAACUGUGGCUAAAGAGGUUGAGUUGGAGGACCCUGUUGAGAACAUUGGUGCUAAGUUGGUUAGACAAGCUGCUUCAAAGACAAAUGAUUUGGCUGGUGAUGGAACAACAACAUCUGUUGUUUUGGCACAAGGUUUGAUUGCAGAAGGUGUUAAGGUUGUGGCAGCUGGUGCAAAUCCUAUUCAAAUUACAAGGGGUAUCGAGAAAACUACUAAAGCCCUCGUGGCGGAGCUUAAGUUAAUGUCAAAAGAGGUUGAAGACAGUGAACUAGCAGAUGUGGCUGCAGUUAGUGCUGGAAACAACUAUGAAAUAGGAAAUAUGAUAGCUGAAGCCAUGGGUAGAGUGGGUCGGAAGGGUGUGGUGACUCUUGAAGAAGGAAAAAGUGCUGAGAACAGCUUGUAUGUUGUAGAAGGCAUGCAAUUUGACCGUGGCUAUAUUUCCCCUUAUUUCGUUACGGACAGUGAGAAAAUGGCUGUCGAAUUUGAAAAUUGCAAGUUGCUUUUGGUUGACAAAAAGAUAACAAAUGCAAGGGAUCUAAUUAAUGUAUUGGAAGAUGCUAUUAGGGGAGGAUACCCAAUAGUAAUUAUUGCAGAAGACAUUGAGCAGGAAGCUCUUGCUACUCUUGUUGUGAACAAGCUCAGAGGAGCUCUAAAGAUUGCUGCACUGAAGGCCCCUGGAUUUGGUGAGCGUAAAAGCCAGUAUCUUGAUGAUAUUGCUAUCCUUACUGGAGGAACUGUGAUUAGAGAGGAGGUUGGGUUAUCUCUGGAUAAAGCUGAAAAGGAGGUCUUAGGGCAUGCUGCAAAAGUGGUACUCACCAAGGAUACUUCUACAAUUGUUGGUGAUGGCAGUACGCAAGAUGCAGUAAAUAAACGAGUUGUGCAGAUAAGAAACCUUAUUGAGACUGCAGAGCAGGACUAUGAAAAAGAAAAGCUAAAUGAAAGAAUUGCAAAACUCUCAGGCGGUGUCGCUGUCAUUCAGGUAGGAGCACAGACAGAAACUGAGCUUAAAGAAAAGAAAUUGAGAGUAGAGGAUGCCCUUAAUGCAACAAAGGCAGCUGUUGAGGAAGGCAUUGUAGUUGGUGGUGGAUGCACACUGUUACGGCUUGUGGCAAAAGUUGAUGCCAUUAAAGAUACUCUAGACAAUGAUGAACAAAAGGUUGGAGCUGAUAUUGUUAAAAGGGCAUUGAGGUACCCCAUGAAGUUAAUUGCCAAGAAUGCAGGGGUCAAUGGAAGCGUUGUGAUCGAGAAGGUGUUGUCUAGUGACAAUCCUAAGUAUGGUUACAAUGCUGCAACUGGAAAAUACGAGGAUCUAAUGGCUGCCGGUAUAAUUGAUCCCACAAAGGUGGUGAGAUGUUGCUUGGAGCAUGCAGCUUCAGUUGCGAGAACCUUCCUCACAUCAGAUGCUGUGGUUGUUGACAUCAAGGAGCCUGAACCUAUGGUUGCUGGAAACCCGAUGGAUAAUUCAGGUUAUGGUUACUGAGUUGCAGCAUGUAAGUAUACGUCAUGAGCAAUGGACAAUUGCGGCUCCAAUAAGUUUGUAAUUGGAUCAAGAUCACAAAUGCAGUAGAGAUUGAUGGGUGGAGUCCUCUUUAAUCCGCUUGAAUUCCGGGAGAGAAUGCUCAGUCGACGGGUAGAGAUAUCAAUGAUUUUUUUUUUUUUUUUUUCUCUCUCUCGUAAGUUUGCUGCCAAAAGGUUGCACUAUCAAUUUAAUUCCAGCCAGAAUAAUUAGUUGGAAUUCGGUAUGAGGUCCAACUGAUAAAUCUGAGUAUAAUCAGUUUUGAUUCAAACGGUACUUGUGCUGAUUCUUUUAAUUCCUGUUGACUUACUGGAUACAUAAUUGAAGAUGCAAUAAAUUUUCUUUUGUAUUCUUAGAAA